AUGGCCGCGCUGCGCUUCGGAGAGCCCCCGGCGGAGCCGCCCGCCUUCCCCGCGGGCAGGUGGGCGGGAGGCGGCGGGCCCGGCCCGGCCUCGCCCGCCCUCAGGGCGCUUCCCCCGGCGGAGCCGUCCGAGGGGGCGCCGGCGGCCUCGCAGCGUCGGAAGCGGACCAGCUUCACGGCGGCGCAGCUGGAGACGCUGGAGCUGGUUUUCCAGGACACCAUGUACCCCGACAUCUACCUGCGGGAGAAACUGGCCGACGCCACGCAGAUCCCCGAGUCCCGCAUCCAGGUCUGGUUCCAGAACCGCCGCGCCAAGUCCCGCCGCCAGCGCGGCCCGCCCCGCCCCGGCCCCGCCGCGCCGCCGCCGGGCUGCCUGCGGCCGCCCCGCCUCGCCGCCCUGCGCGCCCCGCAGCGGCCCCGCGGCGCCCUGUCCGGGGUGGCCCGCACGGAGGACGGCUCGGUACCCUACGCGUGGCCGCCGGCCGCCAGCUUCCCGCCCGGCCCCGCCUUCGAGGGCUUCCCGCCCGGCCAGCCCGGCGGGGCAGAGCCCGGCCCGUUCGUGGGGAGCGCGGCCGGCCCCUUCCCGCCGGCCCGCGCCUUCUGCGGGCAGUACUCGCCCGUGUCGGACGCCGAGGACACCAGCGGCUACUCGGAGUCGGGCUCGGAGUGGGACGAGAACGCGCUCGGCGCCUUCCGCGCCCUCUGA